AUGGGUUUGAAGAGUAGUUCUUCCCAACCAUCUACUGUGUCAAAGAAGGCUCCUAGGAAGACGAAGACAAGAUACCCAGCAAGAAAGACAUACAUGUCCAAGGUUCAGAACAAAGAACCCACCAAUGUUCCUCUCUGUGAGGAUGUUACUGAUGAAGAGGAAAUCGAUACUGAAAAAUCUCUUGCGAAAUUGCCUCCUGAUGUUGUGCCUGAUGUUGAGACAUCUGGGUCUAAGGAAAUUUCUGCCAAAGAAAAUCCUGGAAAGGAUUCUACUUCUCAUGAAGAUUCAGAGCCAACCCAGGCUCCAGCCCCUGUUCAGGACAUCUCUGAUGAUGAUUCUGAUGAUGAGCCCUUGGUUAAGUCCAUUCCUGAUAGCGUUGCUGCCAGAAUGAAAAGAAAAAGAAGGGUCUCUACUCCAGAAGUCACUCCUACGCCACCAAAGAGAUCCAAGUCAUCUCCUGUAACCUACAAAUCUAGACAAGCAAGUGUGAAGGAUAAGGGAAAGCAAAAGGCUGUAAGGACUCCAAGUGAGAAGAAGAAAAGGAAGAUUCCAAUUGAUGUUGAAGAAUCUGAGUCAGAUGCUGAAGCCGAUGAUGUUAUUGCUCUUAUUGAGAAGGCUGGUCUGAUGAAGACAAUUCAGAAUGUUGGAAGGAAGCUUAAGGUUGAUGCUUUGCUACUCAAGCUACAAGAAGGAGAACGCAAAGGUGGUGAGCACAGUGCUGCUGCUACAGCUGCUCAAGAUGAGAGCAACGAAGAGGAGGAAGGAUCUGAAGAGAAUGCAGAGGAAAGUACAGAAGAGUCUGGAGAGGAUUCCAGUUCUGAAGACUAG